CUGAAAGAUGCCACCGGGAAAGAGGUGGUGGUGGUGGGGGGAGCGGGAGGCAUAGAGGAGAGAAGUCACGUGACGCAAUCCGAGUUAAGCGCUACUGUCCAUCCCAAGGUGCCGCAGCCCGGGCGCUUCUGCUGCUGCCUUCUUUUUUUCUGCCUGCCUCCCUCCCUCCCUGCCCGUGGGCACGGGAGUUGUCCGAAGCGAGGCGGGGCCUGGCGAGAGGUACCCAGGGAGAGAGAGAUUUAAAAUUUCAUUCCCAGGAGGGCAGCAGCAGCAGGAGCAGCCCCGGCGUAGACAUCCCCGCAGACAGCCCACCCUUCGUCGCCUUCCUCCAGCCGGCACCUCUCCAGCUGCCGCCGCCGCCGCUGCUGCUGCUGCUCGCCUGCCCCAGCCUGCUAGCCAGCCAGCCAGCCAUGGGCCACUCCACCGCCGGAGAGCCGGGCCUCAUCGCCAACGUGGUGAACGACACCUUGGAAUUGUACCGGUGGAGCUGGAGCAUCCGAGAUAAACGUGUCGAUAACUGGCCUUUGAUGGCAACUCCAUUUCCCACAUUGGCUAUAAGCACUGUGUACCUCCUCUUUGUUUGGCUUGGUCCCAAAUGGAUGAAGUCAAGGGAGCCUUUCCAGCUACGUUCCUUAUUGGUUACUUACAACUUCGGAAUGGUUCUACUCAACUUCUACAUAUUGAAAGAGUUAUUUGUGGCAUCAAGAGCUCGAGGAUACAGCUAUAUCUGUCAAACUGUGGAUUAUUCUGAUAAUGAAUAUGAAGUCAGGAUAGCUGGAGCUUUAUGGUGGUACUACAUAUCAAAAGGAAUCGAGUACCUGGAUACAGUAUUUUUCAUCUUAAGAAAGAAAUUUAACCAAAUCACUUUUCUACAUGUUUAUCACCACUACACCAUGUUUACUUUGUGGUGGGUUGGUAUAAAAUGGGUUGCAGGGGGACAAGCCUUUUUUGGAGCUCAAAUUAAUUCCUUUAUACAUGUUGUUAUGUAUAUGUAUUAUGGACUAGCUGCCUGUGGCCCAAAAUUCCAGAAGUACCUUUGGUGGAAACGAUACUUAACCAUACUGCAGCUGAUGCAAUUCCACAUAACUCUUGGUCACACCGCCAUGUCUAUUUAUAUUGAUUGCCCCUUUCCUAAGUGGAUGCACUAUGGUGUCAUUGUCUAUGCUGUCACUUUCAUUGUCCUGUUUGGUAACUUCUACUAUCGGACAUACAAGAUGCCCAAGGAGCCAGUAAAGAAUGGCAAGCUUAGCAAUGGUGCUCUGGCAAAUGGUAUAAGCAAACCAGAACACGGCCUAGUUGUGGAAAAUGGAAAGAAGCAGAAGAAAGCAAAGGGAGAGUAACUUGACCCAGGCCUUAACCACUGUUGGCAGUGAAGAGUCUCCAAUUGGGUUGUAAACAAAAAGAGAGAGAAAGAAACGUUAUCCUAUCUAUACCAAUUGACCUUUAGGCUGUUGAACAGAUAGAAAACAUUAUUUAUGAAGAUUGUUUUAACAAGAAACCUUCAACCUAAAAUUUCUAUUGUAAUUAUGUAAUUAUUAAGACUUUCUUGAUCUCUGUGUAAAAUUUUAGACUGCGGGUGUUGGUAAUGUAUGAAAUAAUUGCUGAAAUAGCAUAAAACUAUAACUCCAGGGGUUAAUAUUACAGGCAACCAAGGAUACAAUUGACUUGUUGGAGCAGACAUUUCUUUGGGAGAAAAAAAUAACAUAUAAUGUAUGUUCUUCAGAUUUCUGUCAAGAAAAGAAUAAUCUCCUGAUUAAUUUUCUUGCCCUUUUAAAAAUCAUAGUUUUGUUUGUAGUCUCUAAGACUAGAUUGUGUUGGCAUAUUAAUUUCCCAUAUUUUUUUCUGCCAUUUCUCUUGCAACUUCUUAUUGUGUGGAAAUACACCUACCUCUUCAUUUGCUGAAAAUAACAUCUAACAUUAUAUACUAACUUGUUACAUGGGAAUCUCCUAAUAUAAAUUUUCAUGUUAUGCUAAUUCUAGAAAGUGUUGGCCUCUCUAAUGCAUUAUCUAAUUAAUGGGAUAUCUUUUAAAAAUCAAUCCUUUGUUUGAGAAUAAAAUGUAUUUUAAAGUCUUUAUUUGAAAAA